AAACAAAGAUUUGGGAAUCAUCACAAUGCUCUCUGCACCACUCUGCCUCCUUUUUUUCUUCCUCUGUCUUAAAACUGCCUUCUCAUCCUCUAUACAUGCUUCUUCCAUCUCAACAAAACAUCUCUGCUCCCAUGAGGAGGCUCUUGCUUUGCUGCAAUUCAAGACAUCCUUUUCUAUCAAUUACACUGUUCCUGAUGCAGAUUAUUGUGUGGAUAAUUUUUAUACUAAACCUAAUUAUUCUAAGAUUGAGUCAUGGAAGGAAGGUAUAGACUGUUGUUCCUGGGAUGGGGUUAGCUGUGAUAAGGUCACAGGUCAUGUAAUUGCCCUUGAUCUCAGCUGCAGUUUCCUUUAUGGCACCUUUCCUUCCAACAGCACUCUUUUCUUCCUCAGAAACCUGCAGAGCCUCAAUCUUGCCUUGAAUGAUUUUAGGCUUUCCAAGAUUCCAUCGGAAAUCAGUCAGUUUACUAGACUAAAGCAUCUUGAUAUCUCUGAUUCUCAAUUUUCAGACCAUGUUCCGGGAGAAAUUGCUCACCUCCGCCAGUUAGUUUCUCUCAAUCUCUCUAAUUAUUACCUGAUCCUUGAAACAACUACCUUGAGAAAUCUUGUUCACAACUUGAGUGAGGUGAGAGAACUUGUGCUUGGUGGAGUGAACAUGACAUCUGUUAAUCCUCGUUUCUUCAUGAAUCUCUCUUCUUCUUUGACUACUCUUGAUCUUUUCGGUUGGGAGAGUGGGUUAAGAGGAAACUUUCCAAACAGUAUUUUCCGCUUUCCAAAUCUCAAGUUCUUUUGUUUAGUUGGAGAGGGAAACCUCACUAUUGAUCUUCCAAGUUCUAAUUGGAGCAGUCCUCUCCAAAAUUUGGAAUUAUAUGUCAUGGAUUGCGGAAGGCGAUUGCCAGAGUCUAUAGGAGAUCUAAAGUCAUUACGAUCUCUACUUCUUGGCCGCAAGUUGGAAGGUUCCAUUCCAGCUUCCAUAGGAAACUUAUCUCAACUUACUUCUCUAGACCUCUAUUCUAACAAAUUUAACCGACAAAUCCCAAUAUCACUUGCAAACCUCACACAACUUAACUCACUCUACCUUCCCAGGAAUCAGUUUUUUGGUCCCAUUCCAGCUUUCCUAGGGAACCUGUCUCAACUUACUUCUCUAAGCCUCUCUUAUAACAGUCUUAGCGGACAAAUCCCAUCAACACUGGGAAACCUCACACAACUUAGCUCACUCCAACUAUCUUCUAACUUACUUAAUGGCACGAUGCCACCUUGGAUUUUCACCCUCCCUUUUCUAGAGUACUUGUCUCUCAGUCAUAACCAAUUUCAAGGUCAAAUAAGUCAAUUCCAGCAAAAAUCACUCAUAAAUCUAGAUUUGUCAAACAAUAAACUCCAGGGCCCGAUUCCUAGCUCAAUUGCUAAUUUUGUAAAUCUUAGUUAUCUAGAUUUAUCGUCAAAUCAUCUCAGUGAUUUAGUAGUAGUAUCUGACAUGUUCUUGGGGCUUCAAAAUCUGGAAACCAUCAUUCUUUCAUACAAUAAUCUGUCCUUGAGAAUGAGUGUCGAUGCCAACUUCACAUUACCCAAACUAACUGAUGUUUUCUUGUCUUCUUGUAACUUGAGUGAAUUCCCCAAUUUCUUAAGACAUUCAGAUGGUCUGCAAAGCCUAGUGCUAUCCAAAAAUAGCAUUAACGGAAAUAUUCCCAAAUGGAUAUGUGAAAAGGAUGAUCUCAGAAUUCUUGACCUUUCUCAUAACAAUUUAAUUGGGAAGAUUCCAAAUUGUCUUCCUAAGUUUCUCUCAGUGUUGGAUUUGCAGGCCAAUCACUUUGAUGGGAAUAUACCAUUUGGGUUUCCAGAAGGCUGUGGAUUACGAAAUCUCAACUUAUAUGGAAAUCAAAUGGAUGGGCUAUUACCAAGGUCUUUGGUGAAUUGUAGCAAGUUAGAGGUUCUAGACGUUGGCAACAACAACAUAGAGGAUACAUUCCCUCAUUGGAUGGAAUCUCUACCAGACCUUCAAGUGCUUGUCCUAAGGUCCAACAAGUUCCACGGUUCUGUGCAGAACACCAAAGAAAGUCCAUCUUUUCUCAAGUUACGAGUUCUGGACCUCUCCAACAAUGAUUUUGUUGGUCCUUUGCCUGUUCGGUACUUCAAAAAUUUUAAAGCUAUGAUGGACCUUUAUAGAGAUGAGGGUUCUCUUGAAUACAUGAAUGUCAGUUCUUAUCAAUAUUCACUGGUUGUGACAUGGAAGGGAUUCGACUAUGAGCUGCAUGGAAUCUUGACCGUAUUCUGUAGUAUUCAUCUCUCAAAUAAUAAGUUUGAGGGAGAAAUUCCAGAUGUUAUUGGAAAGCUUAGUUCUCUCAAAGGGCUAAAUCUUUCUCAUAACAACCUUACUGGUCAUAUCCCACCGUCACUAGGGAAUUUGAUGAAUCUGGAAUGGUU